GACUCUUUCUCUCCCUGCUCAUUCCUCCCUCAGCAGAUGAAGCAACACUUCCUCCACUCGCAGACGCCGGCUCCUCUUCUCCACUUUAGUCCACCGAUCCUCGGCGUGUUGUCAGACCCUAACCCCCGCUGGAGAUGAGUGCUGACUGCCGCAGCUACUACAACACUGACGGGGUGCUGGUGGAGGCGUUCUCAUGCCCCAAACCAGGGAGCGCUCCUUUUGCGGUCUACUGUUGUGGCUUUAACGAUGUCAAGUAUUGCUGCGAUGAUCCCAACAGCUUUUUCCCUUAUGAAUAUGGAUACAUGUGGUGGCUGAGUAUCGGUGCUCUGGUGGGUCUCUCAAUUGCGGCGGUGGUCCUUCUUGCCUUUCUCAUCACUGUAUGUGUCCUCUGCUACCUCUUCAUUGCCACCAAACCCAGUCGCCUUGACAACGGCCUGCCCCUUAGAGCUCCAGGAGACCCAAGUGAAGGGCCCAGUCACGUGGGAACAACCAGUAGUUUUGGACCGCAGGGAUUCAGAAAACACUUGAUGAGCCGGAAAGUGGACUCUGAAAAUGAAUCAUCAGACCCUGAGCGCCUUUUCCAAAGGUGUUUUACUGCUACAGUCACUGGUGUGAAGGUAGAAGGUCCCUCGUAGGCCACAGAGCAGCUUUGCCUUCAAGUGUCCAACCAGCAGCACAUGGAGUCUGGAGGCAGUCAGAGCUGCCAGUGAACAGCAGUCGGAGGAGAGCUGCGGCAACCAAUGCCGUCAUGGUGAUUAAGUGAAGUCAUUACCGUGUUUUUCCAGUGAGUGUUGGAAAUUAAAACCUAGAGGCCCACUAGUGCUGUGACCACUGGUUCAAAGGACUCAUGAUGACAACCGAACCCCUCCUCUUUGUGGCGUGAAACAGAACAGAACUAUUCUGCAUCCUCCUGGAAGGGAACACGGGACUCUGACAGCCAGAGAAUGAUAAAUGAUAAUGACCCGCACUUGUAUAGCACCUCUCAGAGUAAGGACUCCAAAGUGCUUUACACUACAGUGUAUCAUUCAUCCAUUCACACACACAUUCAUACACUGGUGGGGGUGAGCUACAAUGUAGCCACAGCUGCCCUGGGGCACACUGACGGAGGCGAGGCUGCCGAGCACAGGCGCCACCGGACCCUCCGACCACCACCAGCAGGCAAGGUGGGUUAAGUGUCUUGCCCAAGGACACAACAGCAGAAUUCUCUGUCCGCAGCCGGGAUCGAACCUGCAACUUUCCGAUUACUGGACAACCCGCUCAACCUGUUGAGCUACUGCUGCCCAACUUCAGAGGAACUUCAGAGACGAUGCUUAAGAGGUUGCAUAUGGCGAGUAAACACAUGUACGUUCACCAAAACAACCCGUGCGUUUGUGCAAUGGCUCUAAGUUCAGUGUCACCACGUGGAGCUCUACUAUCUCAGGGAUUAAGGAUUAGGGUCGGACCCUACAGUGUGAUUAGACUUCAUACCAACAUAAAAACAAGAACAUUAGUCUAUUCAUAUGUUGCUUACUUUGGCUUGUCUGACCAUAUUUCUAGAAAAUAUUUUCUUUGAUGUGAUGUCUGUAUGGACAGAGUUGUUCAAGCACGAUCAAAAGCCAACAGUGGUUGCUUUGAUCCAUCACUGCCGCGUUUCCCUGAACCAAAGCAAAACCAAUGUCCUCUCAAACAUGUGUGUUGAUGUCAGCAGGCUCUGUGUGGCAUCAGGGCUCUGUGACAGAGUGGGCUCCAGUCCACAUCACGAGGGGGUGAUGUUGUCAGUCAGCUGACGGCUCCAUGAAUGACCAUGAAACUUGAACUUUUACAGAACAACUGCCUCAGAGCUACGCCUGAACCAACACAACAACUCUGUCAGUUAAACUCUGAGAAUAUGUAAUCAGACUACGGCUGCACAGAAAGAAAGUCUUUCAUCUGAACAAGCCCGGUCGGUGGGAGACAGAAAAGGGCCAAGAUUUGCCUCGAGCUGUGACGAGACGCUGCGCUGGCAGAUAAAAUUGUUCCCAGUUUGUGUUUCAGGUGGGCGUGUCAGAGAGCCAGCUGCUCCUGAUCUCCUGAUCAGAGGACCAGGGGUACUUAAGGAGCGGUGUGAAACAACUCCAGUGCUGGUUGAUACUCGCCUUUGGGUAACACUAGUUCUGUCUUGAGUUUAAAGCCUCAAAUACUCAGCAUGUGUUUUUGUCAGUCCGUUCCCGUCAGCCCUGGUCUUGUGUUUUGAACUUCUGCUCAUCUUCCACUCAGGAUUACUCACCGCUGUCUGGAGUUGUUAAUUCCACUACACGUUGCUCACCGUCCCCUGGUCUCCUCGCUCUCUGCUGCUCGCCUGUCAUCCUACCUGCCUGCCUACCAAUCUUCCCCUCCGGAUCUACAGCAUUACCUGCCUUCCUGUCUGCCACAUGCCCGUUCACGUAUCUCUGUUUGGAUCCUCAGCCUCGUCUCUGUCGCCGAUUGACUUCACCAUCCAGCCCAGUCUCUUUAAGGAUUUUAACCUGCCCAAUCGCGGCUUUUUCCUGUUCUCGUUUGGAGCAGCGCUUUUAGUUUUCAUCACGUUCCUUAAUAAAUAUUAGUUGUUAUUUACUCA